AUGAGGAAAGAGACCAGCACGAUCGUUUCGCGUAGCGAGUAUCAUCAAGUCACUCUCGUCGAAACCCCACAUUCUACAUACUCUGUCACAUCUUGUUAUACGAUGCCUCCGAAGGGCAAGUACACUGAUCCGAACUUGAGGGAUCAAGUCAAGGAAGAGAUCCAGGAAAGCGACAAGGGCGGACAACCUGGACAAUGGAGCGCUCGAAAGGCUCAAAUGAUGGCCAAGGAGUACAAGAAUCGCGGAGGAGGCUAUACUACCGACAAGGACCAGAAGGAUGAGUCUCAGAAGCACCUCGACAACUGGACCGGUGAAGAAUGGCAGACGAAAGAAGGCUCUGGCAGUGCCAAGAAAGACGAUGGCACUGAAAAGCGUUAUCUGCCCAGGAAGGCUUGGGAGAACAUGUCUGAGCAAGAGAAGGAGGAUACAGAUCAGAAGAAGCAGGAAGGCAGUAAGGAGGGCAAGCAAUAUGUUGCCAACACUGACAAGGCCAACGAGAGCAGGAAAAAGGCUGCGGACGAAAAUCAUGAGAAGAAUGGCAGUAGCAAGUCCGACAAGAGCCAAAGCAACGGCCAAAAGCAGUCUCAAAACAAGACCCCAAAGAAUAACCAAGGCGACCAGAAGAACGGAGAGAAGAAUGAUGACGACAACGGUAACCAAGCCGAUGAGAACGGCAACCCAGAGGGAGAGGAAGAUUAUGUUGACGACGGUGAAGCUGAUGUUGACAUGUGUGGAAAUGAAGAAGUCGAAGGUGAAGCUGGUGCCGCAGACAACCACAACGAUGUUCAUGAAGACGAUGAAAUCGACGAGGAUCAAGAGAAUGAUCCUCAAGCCGGCGACAAGCGCAAAGGUGGCAAGCAGUCCAACGGGUCUUCUAAGAAGCAGAAGGAUAACUCGGGUAACAGCAAGAACAAGUCUAACACAGGCGACGGAACUGUGGGCUCCAAGCACAUGAAAGACGAAGCUCCAGCACAGCAGGGUUCCGCCGAUCGUCUGCCAAAGGAAGGACAGGAUGCGCAUUGGAAGGCUCUGCCUGGCUUCGUUGACGGCAAGGUGGUCGAGGUGCUUACCGAGGGUAAGAAAGUUGACGGAAAGGAUGUCAAAGCGUCAGAGAAAGAUCCUAAGAUUGUGCUGAAAUCGAAUUCGAGCGGCAAGACGUGCGUGCAUAAGCCCGAGGCAUGCUACUACGAUUAG